AUGACCAGACGACGUCAUGUGUCUUUUUUGUUUACUGUCUCCAGCCAGGCCAUCCUCAGCCUCCGACCGAAGGAUCUGCCGAUCGAGGACAACGACUGGGUCGAGACGAUCGUGGAGAAGACGUGGAGGGAUCGUCAGUUUUUCGUCUCUUUCAACAAACGGGAGGCUCGAAGAAAAUGCAUCGAAGGAGCUCUCUCGACCGGACUCGGGCUCCGCUCCUCGUCGACGCAGAUCCCGUCACGGCGUCUGCGUCUUGCAGAGAAGGUGGAAAGUGAUGCGAUUUCGUUCAUUUUGUAG